AUGACGAACACACGUUCGACGUCGGGAACAUCCCAAAUGCCUCCGCGUCAACCACAGUCUCAGCCUUAUGGCAUGCCUCAACACCAACCCGCGUCGGAACAGCCCCAAUUGGAACCAGACCCGGUGCUGGUUGAGGUACAAGUCGGCGAGGUCGGCACACGAGGACCGACUCCCAGACCCCAGCUGAACGCAACAGUUGCGGCAGUUCGUCAGCCUCCACACAGUGAGCCGCCAAACGUGACAAACAUGGCCAUGGGAGCAAUCCUUCAAAGGUUGCAAGAGAUGGAAAACAGAUUUCUGACCCAGCAGCGCAUGGAUGCCCAAAGGAUGGCGACGGUGGAGGCUGAACUGAGGACUUUGAAUGCGGAAGGCCAGACUAGGGGAACCGGAGGGGUCGCAAACAACCGACCUCCCCAACAGCAUGCGGAAGGCGUACUUCAGAACGCCGCAGGCACCCAGCAUCAGAACGCUGAAGACCUCCGGCAUCAAAAUAUGGGAGAACGACCUAGAAAGCCCGACAAUGCUGGCGAUGGAGGACCGCGGCAACUGAACGCGGCCCCACUCGAAGGGCACGCCCAGAAUGAGCAGAACCUUAACCUCGGUAACAACCGAAACGGUGGUGGGCCGAACGAACACCAGGACGAAAAUUAUCUGGAGGAUGAAGAGGCUAAUGAUAGCCCAUUCACAGAGAGGCUCAUGAACUUGGCCAUUUCGCCGCGAUUCAAAGGCACCAGGAUACCUCUAUACGACGGAAGUCAGGACCCAGAAGCCCAUUUAGAGGCUUUUAAAACCGAGAUGCUAUUCAACGGGAUCACUGGACCUAUUAAGGCCAGGAUCUUUGCGACAACGCUGACUGGCCAAGCGAUGACUUGGAUAACUAGGCUCCCUAGGAACUCAAUUGACUCGUUUGAGGACCUAGCUCGGACCUUCCGACUUAACUUUGCAACAAGCAGGGUGAAUCUGAUGCCAGCCUAUGCUUUAGGAAGAAUCCGGCAGAAGGAGAACGAAUCGCUGAGGAAGUACCUCGACCGAUUCAAGGAUGCCGCCCUCAAGGUACACGGGUUAACUGAAGCAGUGCACCUCCACUUAAUCAUCUCGGGAUUGGAUGGCGAUUCCCCAUUGGCGAGAUCCAUCUAUAAGAACCCAGUGAACGAUCUGGAGGGGUUCAGGAGAAGGUCGGACAAAUACAUUGACGUGGAGGACAUGCAAAAGGUUUAUGUCGAAUCACGAGGACGAAGCCCUACUCGUCGGAGCCCGAGUAGGAAAAACAACAAAGAUCGGGAUCAGAAGGGAUCCAAAAAAGCAAAGGACACUCGUGAUAAGAGGUCGGAAGACCGGUCACCAAGGAGUAGAUAUGAUGACUAUACACCCUUAAGCAUGGCUAGAUCUAAGAUAUGGAAAGAGGUAGCACAUACCGAAAUACGCAACGUCGAGAGACCUCGACCUCUCAGAGCCAAGUUCGGGUUAGAUAAAAGCAAAUACUGCGCAUUCCAUGACCAAAACGGUCACUACACAGAUGAUUGUUGGGACCUCCGGGAUGCAAUUGAGAAACACGUCAGAGAGGGAAAGUUAAAGCAGUAUAUCAUCCGAACACAGGGCAAGAAAAAUAAUAAGCGCAAGCACAGUAGCCGAAGCCGAAGUCGAAGCCCAAAGAGAGAGGAUCGAAAGGACCAAAGAAAGGACCGACCUUCCAAAGGCAAAGAGGUCGAUGAAAAGGACGACGCUUUUCCCGAAGCCGAGUUCGAAUGCAACGUGAUAAGUGGAGCCCUAGGAGGAGGAGGAGACUCGGCCAACGCCCGGAGAAGAUACCUAAAAGAGGUCAUGUCGGUAAGGGACAGGCCAACUUUCAAAGAAAAGGACGGCAAGCCGGCUCCCCCUAGACUGUUCUUCACUCAGGAGGAACUAGCGAGGGUUGUACCCGGACACACUGACGGAUUGGUGAUCACCGCAGUACUAGUCAACUGCCGAGUCAAAAGAAUUUUUAUUGACCACGGAAGUUCAGCUGACAUCAAUCUCUGGGACGCUUUCCAGAGGAUGAACUUGGACGAGAAGGACUUGAAGCCAUGUAUCACUGAGCUGGUCGGGUUUAAUGGAGCGGCGUCCCCUCCAAAAGGCUACAUCGACCUAAAACUGACCUUGGGCACGAAGGAUUCGUUCCGAUCUGGUAGGGUUCGUUUCGUUGUAGUGGACACCUCGUCUUCCUACAACGUAAUUAUAGGUCGGCCCACAAUUCAUGAAUGGGAUAUGCUGAUCUCCACCAAACACCAAGCAUUGAAAAUGCCUGGGAUGAACAACGAGGUCGUCACCAUAAAAGGCGAUCAAGAAGAGUCAAGAAAGUGCUACUACGAGACUCUACGAGUCCAUCAUGGAAAUCCGUCAUCUCCAACUCGGCUUAAAGAAGGAGGAACCAAAGGCCAAUCCCUGAAGACCUGCGGAAGAGAGGUCAACUUGGUUGAGCUCGAUGUAAGGGAGGAGCUCUUGGCACCUCGUCCUGAACCCCAAGGAGAAUUGGAGGAUGCCGACAUUUCAGAAGACGGCGAAGGACGCACCAAGGUCGGAAAAGACCUAAGCACGAAAUUCAAAGAGGAGCUGGUUUCUCUGUUAAAAGAAAACUGA